AUGGGUGACCUUCAGAGACUUCUUAGGCAAGGAGAAUAUGCUCCUUUUACCUCUGCCCCCAUCUUCGAGAGCAAGUUUGUCCAGGUUAAUCGAAGAGGGGAACCAAUUUCUGUCCAUAACAGACCCAGCUGUGUGACCAUCGGCAUCUGUGCUGCCAAUCCCCAUUCACCAAUGCCUAAUGCAAUGCUGGUAGCACGUGAGGUGCCCGUGUCCCCACAAGAAAGUACAAAAAACUUCUGGAAACUCUCAGAGUGGCCAUCCCACAUGGAACAGCUAGCACUUACCAGGUUCUUCCCCUUGAAGUUUGUGGAACUCUCUGUCCACAGCACAGAUAAGCAUCACCUCCUGUUAAAAUUAAUAAAUGGCCGUUGUUAUUAUCUAGAGCUCUGUGCCCCACCAGACCAGCAACAACACCUAUUCCACCUGUGGCUGCAGCUCAUUUCUCUCCUGAAAUGCCCAGAAAAUACCAGCAACACCGAAGUCAAUGUAAAAUGCAAGGAUCUUGGCAUGUGUCACAAGAAAGCUCCCAGGCCAAACAACUCAUCUGAAAAUAGGGAUGACCUACAAGAUGUGCCUAACCCCAAAACAGAGGAAGACGUUACUAAACAAACCUCCUCCAACCAAGUUCCCCUCUCAGGUACGGUGGGUCCCGCAGAAGCAAGUGGAAGGAAAGGGGAAGCCUUCCACAGCUCCCUGAAACCAACCAGGCAAGAAACCACCAUGCAGUCAAAGAAUAUAGAUCCUCUGGAUACAAAGAAGAGCAAAAACACAGAAAAGAGGAAAACUAG